CGUAACCGUCAACCAACGAGCCGUCAACCAUACAAAAUCAAUUGACCGGUUAAAUAUUCCCUGCCCCACUGGUUAGCUGUCGGCGCGGAACAAACAACGAAGCAGGGGAAGUCCCUACCUUACUGUGAAAGUCCGGAAUGCAGCAGCUUCACUAGCUUGAGGUAACGCACAUUUUCGAUUUCAGAUCAUUUGCUUGUGUCAUCUGUACAUCAACCUGGUAUAGCUAGCUCAGUACGGUAGAUUUUGCCUUCAAAAGAUGGAUAAAAUACUUUGUGUGGAACGUUUUGGAUCAAACAAGCAGCAGCAACACACAGUUUACACUCAUGACGGUCUGUCUCGAAAAAUGAAACCCAGCGGUGGAGCAAUAGUUUCUAAAUCAGUAACUCAAGUCUUAAAGAGCAUUUUCUUGCCACAAGGAUACCCUGACAGUGUCAGCGAUGACUAUCUUGAGUAUCAGGUAUGGGAUACAAUUCAAGCAUUUUGUAGCAGCAUCACUGGAGCUCUUGCAACUCAAGCAGUACUGAAAGGAUCUGGUGUGGGUGACGAAACGGCCAAUGUUGCAAGUGCAACUGUGACAUGGCUUCUUAAAGAUGGUACAGGAAUGGUGGGAAGAAUUGCAUUUGCAUAUUACCAAGGGGCAAAUCUGGAUCGUGAUGCAAAAAGAUGGAGACUCUUUGCAGAUGUUUUGAAUGAUUGUGCAAUAUUUGUAACACUCGUUGCACCAUUGUUUCCCAAAUCAUUCUUCACACCGAUAACAUGUGUAGCAGGUCUUGCCUUUUCUCUGGUCGGCGUCGCGGGUGGUUGUACAAGAGCAGCUCUUACAGUUCACCAAGCUAGGCGAAAUAACAUGGCAGAUGUUUCGGCAAAAGAUGGCUCACAAGAAACCAUGGUAAACCUUGCAGCACUCAUUAUAAAUCUGUUCCUGACGCCUAUUGUUUCUGGAAAUAUUCAACUCACCUGGAUCCUAUUUGCAAUAUUCACAUUCUUCCAUAUCUACUCAAAUUACAAAGCUGUAUCAUGUGUUAUUAUGAAUACAUUCAACUAUUCACGACUGAAGAUAGUUAUUGAUCACUGUUUUUUAAGUCCUGGAUAUGGUGAAAUUCUAGAUCCGGUUGCAGCAAACUUGAAAGAACCAGUCGUUUUAGGAUUUCCAGACCCAAAUAUUAGGGCAGGCUGCAUGUUGAGGGAGAUUGAUAUUGGCAGCGAACAAUUUAUACAUAUAUUGAAGACCAAUCCCAAUACAAAAUUCAUAUCCAGUUCGAAACAAGGGAUUUAUUGUGUGGCAUUUAGAGACAUAGCAAUACCCGAAGAUGUUAUAAAAGCAUAUUUUGAAGCACAUAUUGGGAAAAUCUCAAACCAUAUGAAGCCAGAGAAUGCAAUAAACUGGACAGAAUUCAGUAAGGAAUUGCAACAAAAGGGAUGGGAUAUUAACAGACACCAGUUAUCUGUUGAUGAAUGGAGGUGGUCAACAGAAGAAUUUGAUAAGAUAAAAUGAUUGAUUCUCGAAGAAAUUUCUGUUCAGUACCAGGCUCAUGUGGUAUGCUCUUCAUCCAAUUUUUGCUUUUUGGCCGGCUGCGGUGAAUCACUACCAUUGUCAAUAUUAGAUGAGUUUUUGUCAUCCGAUAAAAUUGUAUUAUCAGCUGCUGUGACUGGUGAUUUAUUACCAUUAAGGUGCUUCUCUUUCUUCUAAAUACGAAAUAUAAAUGGAUGUUAUGAAGUUAAAUAUUGCUGUUUCUCUAUUGAUGUGAAAUAAGUCUAUUGCAAGAUCGUAGCUUCACACUAUUGUUGUAUGCAGAUGGUCAAAAUAAAGUGUUGCUU